UUCAAAAUGGAGUCUUUCUUGCUAAAAAGUCAUGAGUUCGUCAUUCUUUUUCAUUUAUUGUCUUAUUGAUUAGAAAUUUGAGAAAUGAUUACUAGUUUGUUUGACCUUUUACCCCUUUCUCUGUAUGGCUUGAAUUGAACUAUAUUCUUGCCUGGAAAAAAAUUGGAGACUUUUUUCUUUUACUGUGGUGUCCGGGCCAACUGUCAUGCACCUUGUCUAAUUUCCUUGUCUAAUUUCACAGGAUACUGCCACCUCUCACUAUAUGGGAAAAAAUCACCCGGUGUUUUGAAAAUUGGAAACUAUUUUUCAUGUAUCUAUUGAUUUAACUUUAAGAUUGUAUGCUGAGUGCAUUAUUUUUGGACAAGAAAUUUGAGAGAAUAAAACUGCUUUAAAUUGUUCUUUGGGUGUUAGACUCCUUUGAUUGUAUAAAUGGACUUUGAUGCUAUUCUUUGGUUUGAUGAGUUUGAAUUUAACGAAAGGUCAACUCUUUUGAUGGGAUUUAGCUGCUGGAUUUUGCAUUUUGAUGACUUCAAAACAUGAAUCUAAUGUUGAUCGCCAUGAAAUAGUUUCACUGUCGUUCUUUCCACUCCUUUCUUGUAUGCUACAAUGUUAAGUAAUGGUCACUUGGUCAGAGAACAAACAUACACCCCAAAAAAGGUCAGGGAGUAGUUGAAAUGGCCUGUUAUUAGAAGUUGGUAAUAAAAAACUACUUGAAUUUGAUGUUUGUACAUUCGUACUCGAAAUGAAGAUGCUAACUUCCACAGGUUUUUCUUGAUCAGCGAUCGCUUUAAUAUCAAAUCUAUGUUUCUCAGUCUUGCGCACGUCCUCUUCAUCAUCGAAAGUAAUAUCUGGUCAUAUCAACCUGUUGAUACGGAAUUGUUUUUCUGUCAACAUAGAUUGGAAUACCAUCGAAAGAAUGUGUGUUUGUGGAUAUAGGUCCCUUGAAUUUUAAGAUCUAUUUUUUUUCAGCCCCUUACCUGAGUCUCGCACCUCAUCACAAUAUACUCACAAUCUAUUCCGAUGUUGCAUAUUUAGCUUUUGCAAGAAGUACGGUUAAUCAUCUAAGCUAAUGCUGAUUUAUGUCUGCUGGAUUAGAUAAUAUUAGAAUCGGUGGUGUAAAAGAAAUUCAGUACUCCAAACUAGGUUCUGGGGAUUUUUGUUCCCUACAAUUUUCUGUCCAAAGAGGAUGAAUUCUUCAACCUAUACUCAAUUUGUUGCCUCAAAAAGGAUGGGUAUAUGUGACCCGAUCCAGCAGAUUGGCAUGUGGGGAGAUUUCAAAGGUAGCAGUUUCCCAGACACCUUGAUUCUUGAAGUCGAGAAUUGCCUAGAGAGCGAGAUGCCUAUUAUGGAGAAAAGAUUAGAUAAUGAGACAGAGGAACCUUCACAUGUAACAGUUGGAAGGUCUAAUAUAUAUGAACCAGAAACAAGUAAACGCAUUGACAAGCUUUAUAUACAGAUGAAUAGACGCCUCGCACAAAACCGUGAGGCUGCUCGUAAAAGUCGUUUACGGAAGAAGGCCUAUGUCCAGCAGUUGGAAAAUAGUAAACUGAAGCUGCUUCAGUUGGAACAAGAACUAGAACGUGCUAGACAACAGGGUUUGUAUGUAGGUGGUGGUUUAGAUACUAGUCAGAUAGGUUGCUCUGGAACUGCAAAUUCAGAAAUAGCUACUUUUGAAAUGGAGUAUGGCCAUUGGGUGGAAGAGCAAGAUAGACAAACAGAUGAUUUGAAGAGUGCGCUGAAUUCCCAAAUCGGUGAAAUUGAAAUGCGCAUUCUUGUCGAGGGUUGUUUGAAUCACUAUUUUGAUCUCUUUCGCUUGAAAGCUACAGCUGCAAAUACCGAUGUCCUCUACCUUAUGUCUGGCACAUGGAAGGCAUCAGCUGAGCGCUUCUUCUUGUGGAUUGGGGGAUUCCGCCCCUCUGAACUUUUAAAGGUUCUCACGCCACAUGUGGAGCCAUUGACAGAACAACAAGUCCAGGAGGUUUGCAACCUCACCCAGUCUUGUCAGCAGGCAGAAGAUGCAUUGUCCCAAGGACUGGUAAAACUCCACCAGAUUCUUGCCGAGGCUGUUGCAGCUGGUACACUAGGUGACGGAAUUAUCCUUCCACAAAUGACCGCUACCAUUGAGAAGUUGGAAGCUCUAGUUAGAUUUGUAAAUCAGGCAGAUCAUCUUCGCCAAGAAACCCUACUACAGAUGUCCUGCAUACUGAGUGUGCAACAAUCAGCUCAGGGUCUCCUUGCCUUGGGAGAUUACUUCAAACGUCUUCGUUCUCUAAGUUCACUUUGGUCUAGUCGUACUUCUGAACCGGCUUAAAGAAGAAAGAACCAUUAUUAUAUAUGCAACUUCGGGUUUUCAAUUUUGCCAAUCAAAGCUGUGUGGGCUAAGAUCUGCUUCUUGUUGCCGGUAAAAAAUGAAUAUCGAUAUGGAACAUAAUAUCAGCUGGCGACCAUUCGGACACUGCUUCAUCCCUGAUUGAAAUCUGUAUAUGAGUUCUGCUAUGCUGUAAUUGGAACUUCAAAAUUGCAUUUCUUUUCUUUUCACAUUGGUUUUGAUGAUUGUAAAUCAAUAUGGUACUCUGGCUGGAGUCUCCUGAUGAAAGUUACUCCAAGUUAUGAUGCCUCUCUGUAUUUAAUUGUCUAUGAUGGGAGUGUGAUGUGCCAAGCAAUUUUUGAAUA